UCCUUUUCUCUUCCGGUCGCAGGAGCUGCCGCCGCCGCCAUGAAUGACACGGUGACCAUCAGAACCAGGAAGUUCAUGACCAACAGACUUCUGCAGCGCAAGCAGAUGGUUAUUGAUGUUCUUCAUCCUGGGAAGGCCACAGUCCCCAAAACAGAAAUCAGGGAAAAGCUGGCAAAAAUGUACAAGACAACCCCUGAUGUAAUUUUCGUCUUUGGCUUCAGAACUCACUUUGGUGGUGGCAAGACAACCGGUUUUGGCAUGAUCUAUGAUUCCCUGGACUAUGCAAAGAAAAAUGAACCAAAGCACAGGCUUGCCAGGCACGGCUUGUAUGAAAAGAAAAAGACUUCCAGGAAGCAGCGGAAGGAGCGUAAGAACAGAAUGAAGAAAGUCAGGGGCACAGCCAAGGCAAAUGUUGGUGCUGGCAAGAAGUAAAUGAGCAUUCUUCGGGUGGAAAACGGAUAACAGGCAGCAUCAUUCUAUGAAGAAGUAUAGAAUGAAUUAUUCUGGAAAGCAGAAGCUGCUCAUCUGACUUUAACAUCAAAUAAACUCUUGUCAAUAAAAUA